AUGAAUCCACUACAAACUUCGCAAAACGAUCAAUUAUGGAAACUCGUUGAAAAACAAAAGGUUACAAUAAAGAAUCUACAACUAGAUAAUCAAAAAUUAAUUAGUGUUAGAGAUAAACUUGUAACAAAACUUAAAAACAUUGAUACACUUAAAGUCAGAACCAUAUCAAAUCAAAUACAUCCACAACCUCAACAAGCACAAUCUCAACAAUCACAAAAUGUUAAACAAAAUGACAAUGAUAGUCAACAACAUCGACACCCUCAAUCAAAUUCUUCUAUACAAAUACUUCUUCCCUACCAGCCUAUUCAUAACGAUUCCAUAAGUUCUAUACUUUCGAGUUCUUUCACGAAUUCAGGAACUUCUGUUAAUGCUCUAGCAGGUAACUAUUCCGACCUAGAAUCACCUAAUACUUCUAAUGCUACAGUUAAAGAUGAUAACAACAACAACAAUAAUUCAAAGACACUUAAUGAUGAGCAUGAUUCACUAAUAUUAAAUCCACCAAACGUAAAUAAUAAUCAAAAAUUAGAUGUUUCUUUAAAUGAUAAUACUAUAUCAACUACUUCAAUGUCCACUGGCAAUAAAUCUUCUCCCAGCCCUAUAAUUCCUCCUAAAUCCUCUCAACGUCAAAGUUCAAUCAGAAUUAGUAAUAAUCUUAUUCUAAAUUCCCCUUCUCAAAAACCUGACAGUUUUAAUAAUGAUAAUAACCAUGAAUUCCAAAACGAUAAUAAUUCUCCACAUAACCGUCCUCUUUCACCAUCAAAUUCAAUAAUGUCAGUUAACUCGGCUAAAAGUUAUCACAAUAAUGUUAAUGCUCAAUCUAUUAAUGUUGAAUCAGAUAUUAAUGAUCCCGAUCCACUUGCUAAUAAAAAUCAACUAACUCCGCCGCAUUCUCCCGGACUACCUAGCUCUCCUAAAGCUUUCCUACAUCAUAAUUUAUCAAACACUAGUAUUAAUAGUAUGAAUAAUGAUAAUCCAAAUCCCAGCCACCAAAACAUUUAUCAAAUGAAACAACCCGAUUCUAAUGAAAAUAAUAGAGCUCUUAAAACUAGUAAAUCGUUUGAUCGUUACGAAUCAAAUAAUCAUCGCUUAUUAAAUAAGAAUAGUAACGGCUCAUUAUAUAUUCCUCCCAGAAAUCAAGAAAAUAGUAAUAAUGUGGUCAUAUCUCCUCCUAGUAAUAAAAAUAACACAGAGAAUAGCUCUUCACCUGAACGUGUAAUGCAAACUUCUUUGUUAUUAGGCGAUUCUAUAUCUGGUAUUACUGUUAAAGUGAUUGGAAGUAACAAAAAAAUAAAUGAUAAGGGUAAAGAAGUUUUAGCGUUUGUAAUAGUUGUUGGUAAAUCAAAGGUAGUGGAUGCUGUAGUUGUUGGUAUGGAGAAAGAAUUAUGGAGGAUUGAAAAGUUAUAUUCCGAUUUCUUGGGAUUGGAUAGUAAGUUAAAACAAAAGCAGCUCAAAAGUGUUGUAAAUAAAAUUGGUAAAUUACCCGAUAAAACUCUUUUUCACAAUAAUUCACCAAGUAAAGCUGAUCAAAGAAAGUUGGCUUUGGAACACUAUUUACUACAUGCAAUUUCUUUAAAUUUAAACGAUUCUAAAGAUUUGUAUGAGUUUCUAAGUUCAGAUGUUGUUGAGCCAGAUGACAAAGAUGAUCAGUUACGUGGUCGUAAAGAAGGUUAUCUUACCAAGAAAGGCAAAAGUUUUGGUGGUUGGAAAACUAGAUAUUUUGUUUUAGAUGGUCCACUUUUGGAAUAUUAUGAAAGUAAAGAUGGUAGCCAACUUGGGUUCAUUCGUAUAACAAAUGCACAAAUUGGCAGACAAAGUAAUGUAAAUAACGAUUCAGACAAAGAUAGCGAAAACUCUUACAGACAUGCCUUUCUAAUCUUAGAAUCAAAACUCAAUUCCAAGAAUGCACAAACAAGACAUGUUUUAUGUGCAGAAAGCGAUUCUGAUAGAGACGAGUGGAUAGAAAUAUUACUACAAUAUGUUGGAGUAAAAAGUAUUUCCAAAAUUGAUGCACAACCUAUUUCUCAACUUGAUAGAAAUGAACAAACUGAUAAACUUAUUGCUACUGAUGUUGUUUUACAACAAGCUCAAAAAGAUUUACAAUCAAAAAAUAAUAACAACAGUAACAAUAAUGUUAAUAACAAUAGUAAUAAUACCGGGCAUAAUUUAAUAUCUCCAAGAGAUGAUUCAGAAAAGAUUAAAGGUAGUACACUUGAACCAAAAGAUCCUUUGCCUCUUGGUAAUAGCACAACACAUUUACACAAGCAAUUAAGCCUUAGAAGAGAUCGUCACAAUGAUGAACAUAAAAAAGCAGUAAGAAAAACUUUUUUUGGUAGUAUGUUUGGUAGUAAAGAUGAUAAAAAGAAAUAUCAAGAUCCGAAACCAGAUUCUAAUAAAGUUGUAUUUGGAGUUUCACUUGAUCAGGCUAUUGCCGUCUCAAGAAUAAAAGAAAAUUAUGAGCUACCAGCUGUCGUUUAUCGUUGCAUUGAAUACUUGGAUGCUAAUAAUGCAGCUGAAGAAGAAGGUAUAUAUCGAUUAAAUGGGGCAACUGCCACUAUAAAAAGGUUAAAGGAACGAUUCAAUACAGAGGGCGAUGUUGAUUUAUUGAGUGAAGAAGAAUAUUAUGAUGUGCAUGCAGUGGCUGGCUUGUUGAAACUCUAUCUUAGAGAAUUACCAACCAGUGUAUUAAGCAGAGACUUACAUUUGGAAUUUGUAAACGUUAUUGAUUUACUUGGUAGAAAAGAUCGUAUAAACGAACUUGGUCGACUAGUGUCUGCAUUACCAUUAUCCAACUAUACACUGUUAAGAACAUUGACAGGACAUUUAAUAAGAAUUGUUCAAAAUGCACAAAUCAACAAAAUGACUGCAAGAAACAUUGGAAUAGUUUUUUCGCCUACGCUUGGUAUACCAGCUAGCGUGUUCAGUUUAUUCAUGGCAGAAUUUGACUACAUAUUCUUUACUAAUAGUGAUGGUGUUGCAGCACCAAGAACAAUGGACGCAUCGUCGGAAGAACCUGAUGUUUCAAAGAAUUCUCCAGUCGCACUAUUACCUGUAACAGCUGUUCGUCGUAUUGACAUUCGUGAUGAACUCACAGGUAGAAAUAAUCGCAACAGUGUACAUUACAUGGAUAGUGCACCUGAGAAAGUUGUGGGUUUAGAAAAAAGAAUGACAGAUGAAGAAGAUGUUAAUGAUCUUGCAAUUCAAGCAGAACAAGAAGAAGAUGAUGAUGAUGAUGAAUAUGAUGGUUCAUCUAUAGACGAAACAACAACACAAUCAGUACCAACAUCACCAAGGCUACAUACAACACAACUCCCCACAAUGAAUUCCAUACCAACAUCAAGUGAUUUAACAAAAUCGAACGACACAAUGGAUUCGAUGCCUGGAGUAUUUUCUGAACAUCAAAAACAAGAUUACGAGAAUGAAAAUAUUAGUUUACCAACUACUAUUUUUCAAAGACUUUAG